GACUUCCUCUCACAAAAUUCUCAGAUCCGAUCCGGUUGAAGAGAAAAAAGCCCCAAAGACAAGCACACUUUCGGAUCGUGAAACGUGAAGCACUCUGAGAACAAGCAACAGAAUUGUUCAAGCCAAUAGUCAUUCCUUCCUUCCUGCUGCCAGUAAGAGUGAAAGAGAGACCAUGGACACUUCCAGCUUGCACCAUCCACGCAUCCGUAGCGGCUCUAUUUGCGACCAUGACUCGCAGUCCAUGACCAUCUUUGUCGUCGACAAGCGCAGCUCUUCGCAUUUGCUCUUUGGCGUGGGGCACACCGACACGGUGCACUCGCUCAAGUCCAAGAUUGCCGAUCGUCGUGGCAUUCCCUUUGAACAACAGCGUCUCGUCUUUGGAGGACAGCAACUCCAAGACGAUGCCAAGUUGUCGGAUUACAAGAUUCGAGCACAAUCUUGUAUUCAUUUGGAUGGUAUGUAAUGAGGGAAGUACGUUGAGAACGCGAUAGAGAAGAGAGCGCUACUAGUACGAACGAGAUGAGGACGUCGUCGUCUCAAGCAAGCACGCAACCAAGAAACAUACACAAACAACAUGAUCACACACAAUUUUCAACGCAGGCUAUUACGUAUUCAAUUCACACACUCAUGGUCGGAUCGGAUCGUGGAGACCUGGCAAGGGCAGUUGGAGCCAGUGGAUCCGUUCGAACGACCAAGACAAUGCAAGAGGAAAGCAUUUCUAUCACAAUGAAAGAAGCCGCACUAUAUAUGUCUCCUGUCACACAUGGAUAGAAAUGUAUCUUUUAUAUAGAAUGACAAAUUCAUCACU